UGGGGAAGUCUUUUUUUCUCCCCUUCUCCUUCUUCUUCUUUGAUUGAUUCUUUUGUCAGUUGUAUACCCUUUGUUUUUCAUCUUUAUACCCCUUUGUACAAUCCGUUAGAGAAUACAGCAUGUCUUCCCCUCAGCAGCGUUUGUCCUCCAUCGCGAACCAGGUCUCUGGUGCCGGUGGGGCCGGUGCUCGUCAGCAUCUCCUGAGCAAGAACCCCGACGAUGUGGUCAUUACUCUCGCCGUCCGCACGCCGCUCACCAAGGCCCGUAAGGGUGGACUGAAGGAUACCACCAUCGAUAACCUGCUGGUGUCGCUGCUCACGACCGUUCGGGAACGCUCGAACCUCGACCCCAACCUGGUGGAGGAUGUCUGCGUAGGCAACGUGCUGGCCCCCGGGUCCGCCUACGUCGCGCGCUCGGCCGUCCUGGCCGCCGGAUUCCCCGUCACGGCCGCCGCCUCGAUCGCCAACCGCUUCUGCUCGUCGGGCCUGCUCGCCAUCCAGAGCAUCGCCAACCAGAUCAUCGCCGGAUCCAUCGACGUCGGCAUCGCCGUCGGCGCCGAGAGCAUGAGCACGACGCCCGACGGCGGCGCCCCCGCCAUGAGCCAGGAGAUCGUGAACCACCCGAUCGCCUCGCAGAACCAGCAGCCCAUGGGUCAGACGUCGGAGAACGUCGCCGCGGAGUUCAACCUCACGCGCGAGGCCCUCGACCGCUUCGCCGCCAACAGCUACCAGAAGGCCGAGCGGGCCCAGAAGGCCGGCUGGUCGAGCGACGAGAUCGCCCCCGUGCGCACCCAGGUCAAGGACCCCAAGACCGGCGAGGUCAAGGACGUUGUCGUCGAUCGCGACGACGGCAUCCGCUACGGCACCACCGCUGAGGGCCUCGGCAAGAUCCGCCCUGCCUUCCCCCAGUGGAAGCCUAGCAUCACCACCGGUGGCAACGCCAGCCAGAUCACCGACGGCGCGGCCGGUCUCAUCCUCAUGAAGCGCUCGCGCGCCGAGCAGCUGGGUCAGCCCAUUGUCGGCAAGUUCUGCGGCGCGACCGUCGCGGGUCUCGAGCCUCGCAUUAUGGGCAUUGGACCGUCCAUCGCCAUCCCGAAGAUCCUGACCAAGUUCGGCUUGUCGACGGAGGAGAUUGACAUCUUCGAGAUCAACGAGGCGUUUGCGUCGAUGGGUACCUACUGUGUCCAGAAGCUGGGUCUCGACGAGGCCAAGGUCAACCCCCGCGGUGGUGCAAUUGCCCUCGGCCACCCCCUGGGCUGCACCGGCGCUCGCCAGGUCGUCACCGCGCUGUCGGAGCUGCGCCGCCAAAACAAGCGCGUGGCCGUCACCUCCAUGUGCGUGGGAACUGGCAUGGGUAUGGCCGGUGUGUUUGUGUCUGAGCAUUAGAUGGAAUGAGAGCGGACUUGUAUAUAUUGAUCUCAUAGUGGAGUUUAGUCAACGCGUGUAUAGAGAUUUGGC